CGCCGAAAAGAUAAAAUGGCAAUAGGAAAGCUGCGACAGCUUUCUUCUCUUGGAAAUCUAGUCAAAAUGGCUUCUGUAUUCCCAGAAAUUAAAUCCAAGCAAAGUCUUACUGCAAAGCAUUGCACCAAAGAGAGGUGGGAUAAGUUAUGUGAACAUAAAACAAAAACGUGUGGAUUUACUUUGGCUCAGGCAAUUGCUUGUGCUGUACAGUUUGAUGACCAACAUGUUGGUAUAUAUGCUGGUGAUGCGGACACAUACGAGGAUUUUGGUGAAGUUAUGACGCCUCUUAUUUUGGAGUAUCACGGAUUGACUGGGGAUUUCAGUCACACCUCAGAUUUGGAUGUGUCAAAGAUCAAAGGAAAUGUUAAUCCAGAUGCACCUGUUCAUUCUACCAGGAUUCGAGUGGGACGAAACAUCGAAGGAUUUGGUCUGUCACCUGGUAUCACUAAGGAACAACGCCUGGGAGUAGAAAACUUGAUGAAAAAUGCUUUCCACAAGUUAAAAGAUGAUUUAUCAGGAAAGUAUUAUCCAUUAACUGGAAUGGAUGAAAAAGUUCGACAACAACUUGUUGAUGAUCACUUUUUGUUUAUGACUGGUGAUAAAAAUCUGCAGGUAUCUGGGAUGGAGCGUGAUUGGCCAGAGGGGCGUGGAAUCUUUCAUAACGACCAGAAAACAUUUUUAGUUUGGGUGAAUGAAGAAGAUCAAUUGAGAAUCAUUUCCAUGCAGAAAGGUGGAGAUGUGAAAGGUGUCUUCGAACGUUUGACUAGAGGUAUCGAAGCAGUUGGUACGUCUGUUAAAGACGAGUCAGGAAGAAGUUUCUCUUUGCAUAAGAAAUACGGUUUUAUACAUUCGUGUCCAAGUAACCUUGGUACAGGUAUGCGAGCAUCUGUACAUAUUGAUUUACCUGGAUGGACAAAAGAAGGUUUACCAGCUUUGAAAGCACGUUGUGAGGAACUUUCACUUCAACCACGUGGUACAAGAGGAGAAUCAGGGGGACAGACAGGUGUGACGUACGACAUCUCUAAUAAACAUCGUCUUGGAUAUUCUGAGGUGCAACUCGUACAAACUAUGAUUGAUGGAGUUAAUGCGCUGUACAAAGAGGAUGUAGAACUUCAAGCUAAACACGGAUUAAAAGCAGGUUUAAAUUUGUGUACCUUUCAAAAGAAAGACACGCAUCAAAAAGCCGGAGAAAUGAAAGCAAAUUUAUUUUCAUCAUUGAAUACAACUUUGAAAUUAUUGAAAACAUGUGAAAUUCAUACAGACCUGACUCAUAGGUGCUUAAACGAGAAAUUUGGUUUGUUGACGCGCUUUAAGAAGAUAAAUGUUCUGGUUGCAGAUUUUGUGCAGCAGAUUUUGUGCGGGGUUUUUCCUGCAGAUAUUAAUUCCCUGUUGCAACACAAUAUAAGCAUAAGCAUGGCCAUUUUUUGUUGUUAUAAAAAUAUGUCAGACGAAGAAACGCAGCCAUUUCCAGAUAUCCAAUCAAAAGAUAGUCUCGUUUACAAGCACGUUACUCAAGAGAAGUGGGAAAAACUUUGUAAUCACAAAACAGAAACAUGUGGUUUCACGCUUGCUCAGGCGAUAGCAUGUGCCGUAAAAUAUGACGAUCAACAUGUCGGAGUUUACGCAGGUGAUGCCGACACGUACCACGAUUUUGCCGACGUAAUGAAGCCUAUUAUAUUGGAGUAUCAUGGAUUAUCAGAAGAUUUUACUCAUACAUCUGAUUUGGAUCCUUCGAAAGUAAACAGUAACAUUGAUCCAAAAGCACCAGUUCACUCCACAAGGAUUCGAGUAGGACGAAACAUUGAAGGAUUUGGUCUGUCACCUGGCAUCACUCAAGAACAACGCCUGGGAGUAGAAAACUUGAUGAAAAAUGCUUUCCAAAAGUUAAAAGAUGAUUUAUCAGGAGAAUAUUAUCCGUUACUUGGAAUGGACAAAAACGUUCGCAAAGAGCUUGUUGAGGACCAUUUUCUGUUUAUGUCUGGUGAUAAAAAUCUAAAGACAUCUGGGAUGGAGCGCGAUUGGCCAGAAGGACGUGGUAUCUUUCAUAACGACCAAAAAACAUUUUUAGUUUGGGUGAAUGAAGAAGAUCAAUUGAGAAUCAUUUCCAUGCAGAAGGGUGGAGAUGUAAAAGGUGUCUUCGAGCGUUUGACCAGAGGAAUUUCAGCCGUCGGAGAUUCAGUAUUUGAAGAAUCUGAGAAAAAGUUUAUGCUUGAUCCAAAAUAUGGAUUUUUACAUUCAUGUCCAACUAACCUUGGAACAGGUAUGCGAGCAUCUGUACAUAUUGAUUUACCUGGAUGGACAAAAGAAGGGUUACCAGCUUUGAAAGCACGUUGUGAGGAACUUUCACUUCAACCACGUGGUACAAAAGGAGAAUCAGGGGGGCAGACAGGUGUGACGUACGACAUCUCUAAUAAACAUCGUCUUGGAUAUUCCGAAGUGCAACUUGUACAAACUAUGAUUGAUGGAGUUAAUACACUCUAUAAAGAAGAUCUGGAAUUACAAGAAAAGUAUGGGAUAAAGGUUGAGCACUUAAGUAAUUCUGAAGAAUGCAAUGACUUCCCAGAAAUAAAAUCAAAAGACAGUCUAGUGGCGAAAUAUGUAACAAGAGAGAAAUGGGAAAAACUCUGUAAUCACAAAACAGAAACUUGUGGUUUUACACUUGCGAAGGCAAUUGCAUGCGCAGUACAAUUUGACGACCAACAUGUGGGUGUUUAUGCUGGUGAUGCUGACACAUAUCACGACUUUGCUGAUGUUAUGGCACCGAUUAUUUUGGAUUAUCACAACUUAUCGGAAGAUUUCAGUCAUACCUCAGAUUUGGAUGUCUCCAAACUACAAGGCAACGUAAAUACAGAAGCACCAGUGCAUUCGACAAGGAUUCGAGUGGGACGAAACAUUGAAGGAUUUGGUCUGUCACCUGGUAUCACUCAAGAACAACGCCUGGGAGUAGAAAACUUGAUGAAAAAUGCUUUCCAAAAGUUACAAGAAGAUUUAUCAGGACAGUAUUAUCCGUUAACUGGAAUGGAUGAAAAAGUUCGACAACAGCUUGUUGAUGAUCACUUCUUGUUUAUGACUGGUGAUAAAAAUCUACAGGCAUCUGGCAUGGAACGGGAUUGGCCAGAAGGACGUGGUAUCUUUCAUAACGAUGAAAAAACAUUUUUAGUUUGGGUGAAUGAAGAAGAUCAAUUAAGAAUCAUUUCCAUGCAGAAAGGUGGAGAUGUGAAAGGUGUCUUCGAACGUUUGACUAGGGGUAUCUCAGCAGUCGGUGGUUCAGUUCUUGCUGAGUCAGAGAAGAAUUUUAUGCUAGAUCCAAAAUAUGGAUUUUUACAUUCAUGUCCAACUAACCUUGGUACAGGUAUGCGAGCAUCUGUACAUAUUGAUUUACCUGGAUGGACAAAAGAAGGUUUACCAGCUUUAAAAGCACGUUGUGAGGAACUUUCACUUCAACCACGUGGUACAAGAGGAGAAUCAGGGGGACAGACAGGUGUGACGUACGACAUCUCUAAUAAACAUCGUCUUGGAUAUUCCGAAGUGCAACUUGUACAAACUAUGAUUGAUGGAGUUAAUACACUCUAUAAAGAAGAUCUGGAACUACAAGAAAAGCAUGGAACAAAGAAUAAGGAAGAAAAGCCUGAUGACAAACACCCAGAACCUUCUCCACAAGAUAGCAAACAGUCCGAAACUUCCCCACAAGAUAGCAAACAGUCUGAAACUUCCCCACAAGAUAGCAAACAGUCUGAAACUUCCCCACAAGAUAGUGGAUCUUCCACAGGGUCUCCGAAACAAUCACCUCAGAAGAACACCAAGGAGAAGAGCUCUACAUGUAACAUUUUAUAAAGAAACUUGAUCUUUUCGACAUAAAUAAAAGCCAGCAUUCGAUACUUUAAUAAAACAGAACACCUGUAGUUUUAAUACUAGAAAUGACUCCGCAGUUUCACAUGAUUCAGGAUUACGAAACAGUGGAAAUGAUUGACAAAACAUAGUACAUUCUUCCGGUCGUUCAUUCUUCAGUGGAAACGCAGCGCUUCUUUCUCUUAGCCAGGGGAAGUAUGAGACACUAUUCGUUUGGAACGACUUAUUAAAAGCUUUUUUUCUUGAAAUUUUUGUUGGGUUAGGAGUUAGCAGAAUAGAAUGUAAAAUAUAGUCCUCAAGUUUUGCACGAAAAAUGGACAGUCACGAAAGAGAGAUUACCGAAAACUAAUAAGCAUACCUCCUGGAUCUCUAAAUGCACACUCCCAUGUCUCACAUUAGUUCUUGGUUACUGUUUUGACAUUUCUUGAUAAUCUUGACAAGACCUAUUAUUCGAGUCAUGUUCCAAAAUUUUUCACUUUUUUACUUGACUGUGCAAUUAAUAACAUCACGAACCAGGAACAACACCCAAAUGGACACCAUGAUUUUUUCAUCUAGACCAACCCUGAAUCCGAUUUUUUUUAAAAAAAACUGCUUGUAACAAGUCGUUCCACUGCGAUUUUGAUCUUGGAAAGUAAAUAUUAAAUUUUUGUAUAAAGGUUUGUCUUGUAAAUUAUUUUCACAGUUUGGUUGUAAUUUAUCAAUGGU